UAUUCUUAUUCCUCUAUUAGAUUAGAUAUGACAUUGCUCCACUAUUAAGUAAGGAGUUAUGAACAAGGUAUCGAACUAAUUAACAACAUUAUUGUCUUGUGAGAAUGGCCAAAAACUAUGGCUUCCUUGUCUGCAUUCUUGUCUUGGUCUUGGACAUUGUUGCUGGCAUACUUGGAAUUCAAGCAGAAAUAGCUCAAAACAAGGUGAAGGAUUUGAAGGUGUGGGUGUUUGAGUGUAGGGACCCAAGCUAUGAAGCCUUCAAGCUAGGACUGGCUGCUUCCAUUCUCUUGGCCUUUGCUCAUGCAAUUGCUCACUUGCUUGGUGGGUGCAUUUGCAUGAGGUCCAAAGAAGAAUGCCAAAGUGCCACGGCUAAUAGACAAUUAGCAGUGGCUUUUCUCAUUUUCUCUUGGAUCGUAUUAGCAGUUGCAUUCUCCUUGCUGAUUCUAGGUACCUUAGCCAACUCAAGAUCAAGAGAAUCGUGCGGGGUAUCAAACCGUCGGUUUCUAUCGAUUGGAGGGAUUUUAUGUUUCAUACAUGGGUUGUUCACCAUUGUUUAUUAUGUUUCUAUAACUGCCACACGAAGGGAAGAAAAGUCGAAGCAUGGAAAUCCCGGUGUAGACCACACUUGAUACCAUGAAUCAUUUAUGAAAGUUUAAUUCUAAGACCAAGGAUUUCAAUUGAUAAGAUAAGAAUGUACAACCAUUUACCUUUCA